CGGAGAUAACGUUGAUUGUGCUGCCGCUGCUGCUCGGAUCGAUUCUGUAAUCUGUAUGAAUAAUGGCUCCUACAGGUGAAGUGGUGUUUGGCAGUGGAGACCGAGUCUGUGCAGAAAAUCACUUGCUCUGGGACCAUACACCAGAGCAAAUUCAUAAGCUGACAGAUGAGUUAAUUGUGAAGACCAAGAAAGUGUACGACUCUGUGGGAGCUUUGGAUGUAGCCAGUGUCAGUUAUGAGAAUACCCUAAAGGCCCUUGCUGAUGUAGAGGUGGAAUACACAGUUCUGCGUAACAUGUUGGAUUUUCCUCAACAUGUUUCUCCCUGUAAGGAUGUGCGCGAGGCCAGCACCGAGGCUGACAAGAAGCUUUCGGAGUUUGAUGUGGAGAUGAGCAUGAGGGAGGAUGUUUACAACAACAUUGUUGCUCUUCAGGGGAAGCUACAGGAUGGAAGUAUUAGCCCUGAAGCUAAGCGCUAUAUGGAUAGACUUAUGAAAUUGGGAAAGAGAAACGGCCUUCAUCUCUCCAAGGAGACACAAGAGGAGAUCAAGAAGAUUAAAAAGAAACUGAGCACUUUGAGUAUUGAUUUCAACAAGCAUCUGAACGAGGACACCACUAGUCUCUCUUUCUCUCGGGAGGAGCUUGGUGGCCUUCCUGAAGAUUUUCUCAGCUCAUUGGAGAAGGAUGAAAGUGGAAAGCUUAAAGUAACCCUUAAAUACCCUCACUAUUUCCCCACCAUGAAGAAAUGUUACGUUCCUGAGACUCGCAAGAAACUAGAGGAAGCUUUUAAUUCUCGCUGUAAAGAGAGGAAUGCGGCUAUCCUGAAGGAGCUGGUGGAGUUACGCUCUCAGAAGAGCAGUUUACUGGGCUUUAGCACACAUGCUGACUUUGUGCUGGAGAUGAACAUGGCCAAAGCAUCCAAAAAAGUUUCUUCAUUUCUGGAGGAGCUUGCCAAUAAGCUGAAGCCUCUGGGCAAGGAGGAACGGGCAGUCAUCGUUAAGCUGAAGGAGAAGGAGUGCGAAAAGAGAAAGCUUCCCUUUAACGGCGAGUUGCAUGCCUGGGACACACGCUACUACAUGACCCAGGUGGAGGAGACUCAGUAUGCUGUGGACCAGAACCAGCUGAAAGAGUACUUUCCAAUGGAGGUGGUGACCCAUGGGCUGUUGGAUAUCUACCAGGAGCUGCUGAACCUCUCCUUUCAGAAAGUGGAAGGUGCCCAUGUGUGGCACGAUGAUGUCACACUUUAUUCUGUCAAAGACCGCACCUCUGGCAACAUGAUGGGUCAGUUCUACCUCGACCUUUUUCCCAGAGAGGGGAAGUAUGGGCAUGCUGCUUGUUUUGGCUUGCAGCCUGGUUGUUUGCUGCCUGAUGGGACCAGACAGAUGGCUGUAGCAGCCAUGGUUGCCAACUUCAGCAAACCAACAGCUGACGCUCCCUCACUGCUGCAGCAUGACGAAGUGGAGACCUACUUUCAUGAGUUUGGCCAUGUCAUGCACCAGCUUUGUGCACAGGCAGACUUUGCCAUGUUCAGUGGAACACAUGUGGAAAGGGACUUCGUGGAAGCUCCAUCUCAGAUGCUUGAGAACUGGGUGUGGGAAAAGGAGCCGCUACAGCGCAUGUCCAAGCAUUAUAAAACUGGCAAGCCAAUCCCAGACGAAUUACUGGAGAAACUUAUUAAGUCCCGGCUUGCCAAUACUGGUUUGUUCAACCUGAGGCAGAUAGUACUGGCUAAGGUGGACCAAGCUCUGCACACGAAAACAGGACUGGAUCCAGCAGAGGAGUAUGCCAAGCUGUGUCUGGAAAUACUAGGUGUCCCUGCAACACCAGGUACAAACAUGCCAGCAACUUUUGGCCAUUUGGCAGGUGGAUAUGACGCCCAGUAUUAUGGCUAUCUUUGGAGUGAGGUCUUCUCCAUGGACAUGUUUUACGCCUGCUUCAAGCAAGAGGGCAUCAUGAGCCCCAAGGUGGGUCUGGACUACAGGAAUUGUAUCCUUAAGCCUGGAGGUUCAGAGGAUGCAGCUGAAAUGCUAAAGAAAUUCCUGGGAAGGGACCCCAAGCAAGACGCGUUCCUCCUGAGCAAAGGACUGUCGAUCGAGCUGGAGCCGGGCACGCCUUGCGCCUGCUGACCUGAUGUCAUCACCGCCUCAGAGAAACGUCACACAGAACUUACUCUGAACUCUGAUUUUUGUGAAAAAUCACACACGCUUCACAGGCUAUCUCAAGUUCCAACACGUUUAUUUCUUUGUGAGCUCUGGUGAAUUGCUUUAAAUGCAAACUGUUCCAUCAAAUUUAAAGAAAACAGUUAUUAUACAAAUGAUCUCUGUGCUUGUGCUUUAAUAUUUCAAACUGGCAAAAAAACCAGGUUUCUCUAGAAUAAAAUCACAAGUGUUAAUUAAUGCUUUAAUAACAAGCAGAAAUGAAAUAUCAUCAUGCAACAACUGUAAUAAGUGCAAUAAGUGUUCUCUCACACAGUUGGUCAGGUAUUAUGAUUAAUAUGCUCCAGAAUAAAACUUCUUAGGGUGUUA